GCAGGUGGUGAAGCUCUCUAUUGUCCUGACCCCACAGUUCCUGUCCCAUGACCAGGGCCAGCUCACCAAGGAGCUGCAGCAGCACGUAAAGUCAGUGACAUGCCCAUGCCAGUACCUGAGGAAGUGGCCCUGGGUGACUCAAGUGCCCAUUCAAUGACCAGGACACAGAAGUUUUAGAGAGAUGCUCCAUGAGGCCCCAGGACCCAGGAGCCCUACCCCCUGUCCUUCCCUCGUCAGCCGUACAUGAUGAUUUACUGCUGUUACCAUCAUCACUGCCCUUAGUGGCCAAGGGCCUUCCAAGGUGCCAGCUCUGCAACGAAAGAUGCCCUUGGGAGAUGAUGACACUCAGAGUGACCUUGAGGAAUCCUGGGAGCUCAGGAAGGAAGGAGUGCCCAGAAGCAGGGACAGGGAGCUGGCUGGGGAGGACCAGAAAUCAGGUUAUCAAUUCUCUGCCUGAUGAUUUUCAUCCUGGGACUGACUUUUGUGGAAUUCCUUGGAUAGUUAUCAUUAUUGUGUUUCUGGGAAUUUCUACACUUGCCAUUUUCCUCUGGAAAACUAGCCUUUGUGUGUCUUUCCUCAAGACUGUCUUAAAGUCACAAAAUGUACAUGACGGAUCCAAGGAUGUAGAGCGGAAAGCCUGGAGGUCCAAUAGCCGUAGCCGGGAAGGAAUUAAAUUUGGCCGGGAAGACCUCUUUACUUCAUGGAGACAUAUGGAAGCCAAAGUUCGAGCUGAAGUCCGUAAGGUGACAGAGAAGGUCAACAGUCAUUACAAAAUCAAUGGACAGAGGAAGACUGCCGAGGAAGAGAAACAAAACAUGAAAGAAUGUGAGCAAGCAGAAAACGAGAGGCAGCUAUCAGAGGCAGAGGAGAAUGGGAAAUUGGAUAUGAAAGAAAUACACACCCAACUGCAACCGUUUCAACGCACGCAAGAGUUGCAGCGGUGGGCAGAGGACUACUACAGGUGCAAAAUCGCCCCUUCUGUAAGAAAGCCUCUUGCCAACUCAGGAAGUUUGUUUGUUUUCCUUGCUUUUGGACAUAGUCUGCCAGGUCAGGACAUGGAUGUAUUUUUCUCCCCACACCUCUGUGCUCAAGCCUUGCAAAGGUGGAUGGCAGAGAGGAAAGCUGCCUACAAGCGGCACAGGUGUGAAAUGAGGCAAAAGCAGAGAGUGCCAGAGAGACACAUGAGUCAGGAGCCAGUCCAGGGACGACCGGGCCUAGAGAACCCUUUCUGGAGGGCAGAUUCAGGACAUCAUUGGGUUCCCAUGAGGAACAGGAGCGGCGUCCCAGCUGAAAACACAGAGAAGACAAAGGGUGGUCACACUGACGUUGCAGAGUUCUGAGAAUCAGAGACAGAACAUAAAAGGCCUGGAAAACAUUCUCCAAAAAGAAGCUGCAACAUGUGUGGACAAUGGGCUUUUCAUGCCUCUCUUACUCUCUGUUGACCUGGUGCAAGAAACAUGCUCUGGUGAUGGCUGUGAGGGAGGAAAGAGGAUAGACAUAGACACUCCUGUGUCUCAAACAUGCUUCUUUAUUACUCUGUUAUGAUUCUGUCUUCCCUGGGGCAGGACCCCAGCCUGCCUCCAUUUGCAAACAGACACAGUGGCAUGUGGAGACAACAGUGUGUCCCAGUGACUUUUCUUUACUCCCCAGCUGUGGGCAGUACUCAGUGGAAGGGUGAUAUUAUGACACUGAUACUGCUAUUUUGAAACCUGGAGGAUGGAAAGGUGCAAAAAUCUAUCACCAGCAACAGAAGGUGCAGCCUGUGUUGGUGGCGGUAAUUUUGUCCAUCAAAUGAAUAUGUGUGAAAACAUUUCCUCCUUCGGCCCUACAGGUCAGGAUGGCGGCAGUGGAGCACCAUCAUUCCUCAGGGUUGCCCUACUGGCCCUACCUCAUGGCUGAAACUUUAAGAAAAAGGAUGGGCCACAAGCCAACUCCUCCACCUCAGUGUGAUCUGAGAGGUCAACCACAUCCAUCAGUUAAAGGGUGUCUGAGACUGCUGACUCUUUCUCGACUACAGUGUCUACUAGGACCUCAACCACAUUCAACAACUGAUGAUUUUCUGAGAAGAGAGACACCUCAAGACGAGUGUGCCCUGGGACCUGAACCACUUCCUCGAGCUAAUGAUUUUCCGAGACUCAAGACACCUCCCGAGGGUCUUUUCAUACCAAUUUCCCCUUUUCCAGUUGAUGAUUCUCUGAGCCUCAAGACACCUCCCGAGUGUCUUCUGGUACCCCUUCCACCUUCUCCAGUUGAUGAUUUUCUGAGACCACAAACACCUCCCGUCCAGUGUCACCUGAGACCUAUACCAUUUCAUCAAGCUGAUGAUAUCAGGAGACUCAAGAAACCUCCUGACUGUUUUUUUGCACCCUUUCAACCUUCUCCAGUUGAUGAUUCUCUGAGUCUGAAGACACCUCCCGAGUGUCUUCUGGUACGCCUUCCACCUUCUCCAGUUGAUGAUUUUCUCACACCACAGGCACCUCCCAUCGAGCGUCGUUGCCUGGGACCUGUAGCAUUUCCUCGAGCUGAUGAUUUUAGGAGACCCAAGGAACCUCCUGACUGUUUUUUCGUACCACUUCCACCUUCUCCAGUUGAUGAUUCUCUGAGCCUGAAGACACCUCCCGAGUGUCUUCUGGUACUCCUUCCACCUUCUCCAGCUGAUGAUUUUCUGAGACCACAAACACCUCCCGUCCAGUGUCACCUGAGACCUGUACCAUUUCCUCGAGCUGAUGAUAUCCGGAGACUCAAGAAACCUCCUGACUGUUUUUUCGCACCGCUUUCACCUUCUCCAGUUGAUGAUUCUCUGAGCCUGAAGACAUCUCCCGAGUGUCUUCUGGUACACCUUCCACCUUCUACAGUUGAUGAUUUUCUCACACCACCAGCACCUACCAUCAAGCGUCGUCACCUGGGACCUAUAGCAUUUCCUCGAGCUGAUGAUUUUAGGAGACCCAAGGAACCUCCCGACUGUUUUUUCUUACCACUUCCACCUUCUCCAGUUGAUGAUUCUCUGAGCCUGAAGACACCUCCUGAGUGUCUUCUGGUACCCCUUCCACCUUCUCCAGUUGAUGAUUUUCUCAUACCACAGGAACCUCCCAUCAAGCGUCGUCACCUGGGACCUGUAGCAUUUCCUCGAGCUGAUGAUAUCGGGAGACUCAAGAAACCUCCUGACUGUUUUUUCACACCCCUUCCACCUUCUCCAGUUGAUGAUUCUCUGAGCCUGAAGACACCUCCCAAGUGUCUUGUGGUACCUCUUCCACCUUCUGCAGUUGAUGAUUUUCUCACACCAAAAACACCUCAACUACAGUGUCACCUGAGACCUGUACCAUUUCAUCGAGCUGAUGAUAUUAGGAGACUCAAGAAACCUCCUGACUGUUUUUUCACACCCCUUCCACCUUCUCCAGUUGAUGAUUCUCUGAGGCUGAAGACACCUCCUGAGUGUCUUCUGGUACCCCUUCCACCUUCUCCAGUUGAUGAUUUUCUCACACCACAGGCACCUCCCAUCAAGCGUCAUCACCUGGGACCUGUAGCAUUUCCUCGAGCUGAUGAUUUUAGGAGACCCAAGGAACCUCCCAACUGUUUUUUCUUAUCACUUCCACCUUCUCCAGUUGAUGAUUCUCUGAGCCUGAAGACACCUCCUGAGUGUCUUCUGGUACCCCUUCUACCUUCUCCAGUUGAUGAUUUUCUCACAUCAGAGGAACCUCCCAUCAAGCGUUGUCGCCUGGGACCUGUAGCAUUUCCUCGAGGUGAAGAUAUCAGGAGACUCAAGAAACCUCCUGACUUUUUUUUUGCACCCCUUGCACCUUCUCCAGUUGAUGAUUUUCUCACACCACCAGCACCUCCCAUCAAGCGUCAUCACCUGGGACCUGUAGCAUUUCCUCAAGCUGAGGAUUUUAGGAGACCCAAGGAACCUCCCGACUGUUUUUUCUUACCCCUUCCACCUUCUCCAGUUGAUGAUUUUCUCACAUCAGAGGAACCUCCCAUCAAGCGUUGUCGCCUGGGACCUGUAGCAUUUCCUCGAGCUGAUGAUAUCAGGAGACUCAAGAAACCUCCUGACUGUUUUUUCGCACCCCUUCCACCUUCUCCAGUUGAUGAUUCUCUGAGCCUGAAGACACCUCCCGAGUGUCUUCUGGUACCCCUUCCACCUUCUCCAGUUGAUGAUUUUCUCACACCACCGGCACCUCCCAUCAAGCGUCGUCACCUGGGACCUGUAGCAUUUCCUCAAGCUGAUGAUUUUAGGAGACCCAAGGAACCUCCCGACUCUUUUUUCUUACCCCUUCCACCUUCUCCAGUUGAUGAUUUUCUCACAUCACAGGAACCUCCCAUCAAGUGUUGUCGCCUGGGACCUGUAGCAUUUCCUCGAGCUGAUGAUAUCAGGAGACUCAAGAAACCUCCUGACUGUUUUUCUGCACCCCUUCCACCUUCUCCAGUUGAUGAUUCUCUGAGCCUGAAGAAACCUCCCAAGUGUCUUGUGGUACCUCUUCCACCUUCUGCAGUUGACGAUUUUCUCACACCAAAAACACCUCAACUACAGUGUCACCUGAGACCUGUACCAUUUCAUCGAGCUGAUGAUAUUAGGAGACUCAAGAAACCUCCUGACUGUUUUUUUGCACCCCUUCCACCUUCUCCAGUUGAUGAUUCUCUGAGCCUGAAGACACCUCCCGAGUGUCUUCUGGUACCCCUUCCACCUUCUCCAGUUGAUGAUUUUCUCACACCACAGGCACCUCCCAUCGAGCGUCGCCUGGGACCUGUAGCAUUUCCUCGAGCUGAUGAUUUUAGGAGACCCAAGGAACCUCCCGAGUGUUUUUUCGCACCCCUUCCACCUUCUGCAGUUGAUGAUUCUCUGAGCCUGAAGACACCUCCCGAGUGUCUUCUGGUACCCCUUCCACCUUCUCCAGUUGAUGAUUUUCUCACACCACAGGCACCUCCCAUCGAGCGUCACCUGGGACCUGUAGCAUUUCCUCGAGCUGAUGAUUUUAGGAGACCCAAGGAACCUCCCGAGUGUUUUUUCACACCCCUUCCACCUUCUCCAGUUGAUGAUUCUCUGAGCCUGAAGACACCUCCCGAGUGUCUUCUGGUACCUGUUCCACCUUCUCCAGUUGAUGAUUUUCUGAGACCACAAACACCUCCCGUCCAGUGUCACCUGAGACCUGUACCGUUUCAUCAAGCUGAUGAUAUCAGGAGACUCAAGAAACCUCCUGACUGUUUUGACCGUUUUUUGUUUUGUUUUCUUUUGUGUUUGUUUUUUGUUUUAUUUUUAUUGUGUUGGAGGAAGGCGUCUGUUAUGUUGUUGAUUCUCUUUAUUCAUCAUUUUUGCAACACAUAAAUUCAUUUAAGUAUUGAUUGUGCACCUAUCAUAUGAUAAGCAUUUUUUCAUCACUCCCCCACUCCCAGAACCCUAAGCUUUUCUCACUGUUAGAACUGCUGGUUUAUUUGUAUUUCAGUCACUUUGACUAUAAACUCCUUGAGUGUAGGUGCUUAGAUUUUUUUCACUGCUUAGCCCCCAAUGCCUGUAUAGAGUAAGCUCUUUUUUUUUUUUUUUUUUUGUACCAAAUGCCCAAUGGCCAAUUUAUUCUGUUUCAGUAACAACUAGGCAUCAUUUUCAAAGGGCCAUAUACUGACAACAGACUGCCCAGAAAUUAUCUCCCUAUGUAGGAAAACUACAGAAGACAAGUUCUUGGACUUUUAAUGCCCAUUACAGUAGCCAUUAAUGACAGGUGACUACCGAGCCUUGAAAUGCAAUAGUCCAAAUUGAGAUGUGCUAUAAGCUUAAAUUACACACCACAUGUCAAAGCCAUAAGACCAAAAACUGUAAAAGAGUCUAGUAAUUUUAUAUUUAUUAUAUAUUGAAAUGAUAUUUGGUAUUUUAGAUAUAUUGAGUUAAAUAAAAGUUAAAUUCA